GUUUAAGUGCAGGAAUAUUUAUUUAUAUAACAUUUAUUGAUAUGAUCUAUGAUGAUCUUAUGAAAACAAAACUUUAUCCAUUCAUUAAUAUAAUUUUGAUAUUUGUUGGAUUUUUAAUUAUUGCUCUAACUAGUUUAUCACAUAAUCAUACACAUUAA